GGAGCAGACGGCGGGAGAGCAGGGAGCGAGGAGGAGCCUUUCCUCCACCAUGAGCAAAAGCCAGCCAGGGGCCUGCCUGUGUCAGGGCGCAACAGGCCGCCCUGCCAUUCUGUAUGCACUGCUGAGUCCCGGCCUCGGGACCAGGCCCCCCAGCCCCCUAGCCCGGAGCCGCUGUCUGUGCCAGCAGCACCGGCCUGUGCGGCUGAGCACGCCGCACCGCACCUGCCAGGAGGCUCUGGAUGUGCUGGGUAAGACAGUGGUCUUCCUCAGGAACCUGCCGUCCUUCUGCCAGCUGCCCCCUCAGGACCGGCGGCGGUUGCUGUGGGGCUGCUGGGGCCCCCUCUUCCUGCUGGGGUUGGCCCAAGACACCGUGACCUUCGAGGUGGCUGAGGCCCCGGUCCCCAGCAUCCUCAAGAAGAUCCUGCUGGAGGAGCCCUGCAGCCAGCUGCCCGAGCCGCCCCGGCCCUCGCUGGCUGCUGUGCGCUGGCUUCAGAGCUGCUUGGAGGCCUUCUGGAGCCUGGAGCUGAGCCCCAAGGAGUAUGCCUACCUGAAAGGGACUAUCCUCUUCAACCCUGACCUGCCAGGUCUCCACACCUCCUCCCACAUCGGGCUCCUGCAGCAAGAGGCUCACCAGGCACUGUGUGAGGUCCUGGAGACCCAGCACGCAGCAGGCCAAAGCCGCUUGGCCCGUGUGCUCCUCACUGCCUCCACCCUCAAGUCCAUCUCCCCCAGCCUGCUCGGGGACCUCUUCUUCCGCCCUAUCAUUGGAGACAUUGACAUUGUCGGCCUCCUUGAGGACAUGCUUCUGCUCAGCCGACCUGCUGCCACCCAAGCAGAGACCAGGUGUUGGCUGAAUGACGGCUGGCAGUGCUGAGUCUGCCCACUAUCCCUGGUGGGGCAAGCUGCCUGUGAGUUCUCCACUUGGCCAAAUGGGUGCCCUCACCUGACCAACAGGUCAGAUGGGCUACGGCCUCCACUCAGAUUCCCCCACCUUGGCCUCCUCAGUGUGGACAGUGCUCCAGCUGUGUGGUGGACCUCGGUGCUCACCAGCAUUCCCAGGGCCCAGCCUCCUCCCCCACACUGGGAGGGAAAGUCUGGACAGUUGUUCACUGGGUCCUGGUACCUGUUGACUUUGUACAGAACUGACUUAAGUUAUUAUAUUUUGUUUGGUUUGGUGGUCACACCUGGUGAUGCACAAGGGCUACUUUCAGUACUGGGUUUGGGGGUCACUUCCAGCAGUGUUUGGGGGAUCAUGUGGUGCUUGGACUGAUCCAAGCUUCGUGCAUGCAAAGCAUGUGCUCCAGCCCUUUGAGCCAUCUUCCCAGCUCGUGAUUGGUUUUUGUAAUAAAAGAUGUGACUCUUGGGGUCUGACCCUGUAGGCAGUA